AAUCACCAAAGGUGCACCACUUCUCACCACCAUUUUCCACAACAGCAGAAAAAUGAAGCACCUACUAUCCAUCCUCCUUUUCGCUGUCAUAGCGCUUGCGGCCCCUGUUUCUCAAAAAUUUCGUCUCAGCAUCUUAUAUACCGACGGAGAAACUGGUGAAUCCUCAUCGGUGGAGUAUCUUGGGUUGAAAGAUGGUGUAGCAGUGAUUACUAAGGAUUCGUCCCUAGCUAUCACAGCGGUAACUUUCCCCGGAUUAUUGAACUUCCUUCUCUAUCAGAAGUAGCAACUAACAUGGCCAAAGUACCUGGACCCUGACCCCCUUGGAAUGCUUUACACGGACAAGAAAGUCCCCGGUUAUCUAUUCCCAACAGCUGACCCAAAUGUAUACGAUUUCCGCUUCGGCGGUAUCCCGAAGGUUCCUCUUAUUCCCUCUUCCAUAAGAUCUCCUCGUACAGUACUAACGGCCGGUAGAUGGCCGGUGUCUUAUAUACGGAGUUCACUUUCGUAGACCGUAUCUGCCAGGCCUGCUUCCCGGACAAAAUACUCGCGUAUUCCCCGCCAAAGGACGGUUCUAGAUACCAGGGCCAAUUCAGGGCUUACAAGGUUGGCGGGGACUGGGUUGUUAAGUUUCACACCUCGAAACCUAAGUCGACUGUGGGUAGCGUUGGUAUCGAUCUGGUUCGACAGGUAACCUAGGCUUGGUAGGGUGGUGAUUUGGGAGAAGACAAUUUUUAUCCUGCUACGCUUUUUUCCUAACGGAGAACUUCCUUUCGUGUAGCUAGAACAAAUGAUACCAAUGACUCUUU